AAGAGUGAUGUUGGAAUCGUUAAAGGGAUGAACGAUGUAGUAGCGUCGUGUUUAAAUUGUCAAGCCGAGCUGACAAUCGAUUCAAGCUUGUAUGAGUUGGAUGAUGAGGAUGGUGACAAUGGCCGUGCAACUAAUACACCUCUUCACUUACAGACUGGUCGUGUAGUAUGUGAAGGUGAAGGAACUCUACCGGGUCAGUCUGGGAACCUUUUCGAUAUUAUUUGCAAUUCAACGUCGGCUUUAUGGGGGCCAAUUUGUGAGGAUUGCACUGAACAGUUACUUUCGGGUAUGGAUCAGCAAUUGAAAGGACUGGAAGAGGAAUGUGGCAGUUACAGGAGGUUAUUGGAGAAAUUAACUAAAGAUCGCAUGGACCGUGUUUUCGAUGCAAACGCUUCGAACGUGAAACUCGUCGAGAUGAAGGCUGAAGAAGCGUCGUUGUUGGCUGAACUGAAAAAAUUGGAAGUGGAAGAGAAUUGUCUAAAUGAAAAAUUGGUGAAGAAACGUAACGAACUGGUAAAUGCUGAAAAAGAAAAUGAAGAAAAACUAUGGAAGAAACUUCGUGAUAAUCAUAGGCGUUUGUUGGAUUUGGAAAGUCAAGAGCAAGACGCCAAAGCGCAGUUGCUUUAUGUGAAGACGCAAUUAGGUAAAUUGUCGGGUAUAAAUGUACUGAAUGCUGCAUUUCAUAUAUGGACACAACGUAGUUUUGGAACCAUUAAUGGUUUCCGAUUGGGAAUUUUACCUGGUCAACGAGUGGAAUGGAACGAAAUAAAUGCAGCUUGGGGACAAACGGCAUUGCUUAUGACGGUGCUCAUAAAGAGUGAAAAGGAUUUCACACUACGUGAUUAUGAGAUAUUUCCAAUGGGCAAUCAUUCUUUCAUACGUGUUUUAGCAACUGGCCUAGACUUACCGCUGUACGGCAGUGGUGGUUUUACACCAUUCGGUAACAAGAACCUUGAUGAAGCUAUGUGCGCUUUCGUGCGUUGUUUUCGUCAGUGGCAAGAUUACAUUGAGGUUCAUAUUUUACUGAGUAAGAGUGAAUUUCGUCUACCGCAUUUGAUGAACAUGGACUCGAUUGAAGCAAACAAAAUAAAAUAUUCGGUGAAGAUGCAAUUCAAUUCGGAGGAACGGUGGACUAAAGCAAUGAAAUGCAUGUUAAUCAAUUUGAAGUGGGCCAUUUCAUGGUCAAUCAAGAAGCAACUCGUUUAA